AUGGCCGAUUUUUCUGAAUACACUGGCCCCAGCGCUGAAUGGCUGGCCCUGGAGGCUACGCUACCCGCAAUGCCCACAGACCUGUCAGUGGCACAGAUGAAGGAGAUGCUGAACAAAAGCCGCGAGGAGUCUGCUGCACAAGAUAUGAUUGACCAGGGACUCAGCUCUGUGGUUCAGAUGCACGACCACACCAUCACGGCGCGGGAUGGCGCCGUGCUUGAAGCGCGUACCUAUCGCCCCGCCGGCGUUCCCAUCUCCGAGCAUCUACCUGUUUUCUUUUAUGGCCAUGGUGGUGGUUUCGUGUUCGGGACAUUGGCGUCAGAGGAUGCGACAUGUUCUCGUAUUGUCUCGUCGCGCGCCAAGAAUAACACACCUGUCGUGGUGUUCAACCUAAACUACCGACACACCCCUGAGCAUAAGUACCCCGUUGCUUGGAACGAUUUCGAAGAUGCUUUUGUCUGGCUACAUGAGCACAUCGCUGAGAUCGGGGGUAUAAGCGAUCAGGUGGUUGUGGGAGGCACUUCUGCCGGUGGGUGUCUCAGCGCAUCGUUGACACUGAUGCAAUUGCGCGGAGAGAACGAGCGUUUAGCAGCCUGCCCAAAGAUCGCAGGCCAAAUCCUGAUGAUCCCUGUGCUGGUACAGUGGGAUCACUAUGCACCUCGACAGGAGUUGCUCAAGAGCCCCGAGCUCUCCAGCUAUGUGCAGUGUGCCCAGGCGCCUGUCUUGCCUCUCGAGCGUAUGCGGCUCUUUGACAGUCUGCUCGAUGUUCCAAAGGCCGAGAAAGGAACCGGAGAUCUUCGAAUUAACCCUGGCAAUGUGACUGCUGAGGAUGUCAAGAACUUGCCUCCCACUACCCUCGGGAUCGCUGGAAAUGACCCACUGAGAGACGAGGGCCUGUUCUAUGGAAAACAUCUCGCUGAAAAUGGGGUUCCUACCAACGUGCAUGUCUUCCCCGGUGUGCCUCAUAGUUUCCGGCGGUGGGGAGAAAAGCUCCCUGGCAGCAAAAGGUGGGACCAGCUUAUGAGCGAGGGCACUUCAUGGGCUCUUUCCAAGCCUGCAGCCGGCCCCUUUGAGAUCCACUCAGAAGAUAUUUAG